AUGAAAUUCAACAUCACAGCCUUAGUCCUGAUUUUUUUCAUUGCCUGUGCAUUGGCAAUUCCAACUCCAAGAGAUGAUAAUAACUUAGAUUUGGUCAGUGAAUAUAAACGUGAUCCUCAAGCAAGUGGUUCUCACAAAGAAAAAGGACAUCAUUACAAAGAAAAAGAACAUGAUUACAAAGAAAAAGAACAUUAUAAAGAAAAAGAUCACGAUGAUGAGCAUUACGGUUACAAAAAAGAAGAAUAUCAUAAAGAAAAAGAUCACGAUGAUAAGCAUCACGGUUACAAAAAAGAAGACAAAAGAGAUGCAUAUGAAGAUAAAAAAUAUAAAGACCACAAACAUCAUGAGGACCACAAAGAUCAUGAUUAUAAACACAAAGAUCAUGAUUAUAAACACAAAGAUCAUGAUGAUUAUAAACACAAAGAUCAUGAUUAUAAACACAAAGAUCAUGAAUAUAAACACAAAGAUUAUGAUCACAAAAAAGAUUGGUGA